AUGGCGCGGCCUCGCGUAAAGGUCAGCCAGGCCUCCCACGCCCAGCGCGACGCCUCUCCCUCAGUGGACGCCAUCCAGCCUCCGACGCCCCCUCACAUUCAGGACGCCCCCGCCGCGAGGAGCAACGCGGAUGCCACGACCAACGAUGGGCGCGACUCGCGCGCCCAGAGUCCCAGGCCGCCGGGCGGACCCUCGCGCAGCGCCUCAUCUGCUCCUGUGCCGCGGCUUCUCGCGGCGAAGCGAAGGAUUAGACAAGAAGGCGCCUCAAAGAAGGGGUCCAGGAAGUUGCGGGCGGGGGCUGAUUUGGAUAAGGGGGCAGCAAAAGUUGGCAGGCGCACCGCGGACAAUCUACCGGGGGAGUUGUUGUCUGAUGAGGAUGCGUCCUCGGAAGGACCGAGGCGAGGCGGUGGGGCGAAAGGCGUGUCUCCAGCUGAGUCGGUGGAGCUUGAUGACGGGAUUGGUGGCGGAUCCCACGGCCUGGAGGCUGGUGGACGCGGGCGCAAAGGGACCAGGAAGGCACCGAGCAGGCGCCUGGUCGCGAAGAAGCGACCUCUGGAGGAACAAACGGGAAAGGGAGGCAAAAUACAAAGUGAACAAAGGUAUCCCACUCGAAGGAAAAGACUCAAAGUCAGCCUGAAGGAGACCAACGAUGCCGAGACUGAUGAGGGGCUCAACGGGGAAGGUGCUGCCACAGAUGAAGAUGAAGAACUCGACAAUUCAGGGAAAGAUGAGUUGGGCAGGCAGGCAGGCUCGAGAAAACACCAAACAGCCCACACCAGUGACAAGAAAGGGCCAGCGGGAAGUAAGAGACGUAAAAGACAGCAGAGGAAGCAAAUGAAGGAUCUGCUUAAAGUCCAGGACCUGGGCAGUUUGUGUAUGUCGGACUUAAUCAGGAGGAGCCAGUUUAUGGAGCACAAGAAGGAAAUGAAAGCCCGCAGAGAUCAGGAUGAGAAGCAGAAAAAAAACGGAAAAUGUAAAGAGGCGCCCACUGUGCAGGAUAUUCAAGCAAGUCAGCAGGGAUCUAGAAUUGCUCCGCAAGUCCAGGUUAUUGAUGGUCGCAUUGUACUAAACACCCAAAGCCUGGAAGUGCAUGCCCAAGAAAGCGGAUUGGCUGGCUACCAAAGGGUCGAGGAAGGCGAGGACAGGCUGGUGAACUCUCACACUUACUCGAAUUGGAUCAAACCCAAGAGGUGGAAGAAGGAGGACUCGCUGCUUCUCUAUGAGGGCCUCCGACAGUUUGGAACCGACUUCACCCUUAUUGGGCAAUUAUUUCCAGACAGGCAAAGAAAACAACUCAAAACGAAGUUCCAGAAAGAAUGGCGUGCAAACCCAAAGAAGAUGGAGGCAAUCGUGGCGGGCAGGAGCAAUACGGAAGGGCAGCAGAUGUACAAAGUUUUACUGGACAAAUUGGAACUCCGGCGGCGAGAAAAAGAGACUCGCCGUGGCGAACCGACAACUUGCGACGCUGAGGAGGGCAAACAAGGUGCAAAUGAUCAGCAGGCAGAGAAAACACAAGCUGAGCAGCAGAGGGAUGCCGCUAGUGGGCCUGCCAGGACCACUGCUGAGGUGCCUGAUGAUGAUCCAAAGCAUGAGGAGGCAUGGGCGGACGACGAUGGAUAUGUCGAUGAAGAAGACUACUAUUACAUGUAG